AUGCGCGAUCCGUUGCCCCAACCACCCUCUCUGCCACACGACACUGAGCGCAAUCUGCUAGGACUUGUCAGUGACGUACCUCAGGAGAUGGCCACACCCAAGACUCCAGUCGACGAUGCAGAUGCUCCCCGAUGUCCGGUUCACGCCGCACGAGUCGUGGAAUCAGCGGAGCCAUUGAAUCCCCGGGUCAACCGUUACGACCCUGCCAACUGGUCGCUGUUCACCCCAGCGACCCAGCGAGACAAGCACCUCGAGCGUGCUCAAAACCUGCUCAUAGAAUGGCGCAACAAAACCUGGCUUGCACUAUACAAGAGUCAGCCCUUUGGUGCACCAGGAAUCCUCCCUGAUACUGUGAUAAACUCGGGGCUGUGA